CCCUGAUCUGAAGAUUUAAAAGUCGACAAAACUAGCAAGAGGCCAAUUCUUUUCAAACUUUCUAAAGGUUUGUCCCAUCCAGUCUUGCCGUGCUAUGGCUUCUCAAGGUACGUCGUCUCCAAAGAUCCAUGUCCUCGCAUUUCCCGUCAAAGGCCAGGGACACAUCACUCCGAUGAUGCAUCUCUGUAAAAAGAUCGCCGCUCGAGAUGGAUUCACCGUCUCGUUCGUCAAUGUCGACAGCCUCCACGACGAGAUGAUCAAGCACUGGAGAGCUCCACCCAAUACGGACCUCCGCCUCGUCUCAAUCCCACUCUCCUGGAAGAUCCCACACGGCCUGGAUGCUCACACUCUCACUCACUUGGGUGAGUUCUUCAAGACCACCACCGAGAUGAUCCCAGCUCUCGAGCACCUCGUCUCCAAACUCUCUCUCGAGAUCUCGCCGGUCCGCUGCAUCAUCUCGGACUACUUCUUCUUCUGGACCCAGGACGUUGCUGAUAAGUUCGGGAUUCCAAGGAUUGUUCUGUGGCCUGGAUCCACUGCCUGGACCACGAUUGAGUAUCACAUACCCGAGCUCAUCGCCGGAGGCCAUGUCUUUCCCAGCUUGACCGAAGCGAAGAAGCUUGUCGCGGAUGAAUCUGUAGUGGGCAUUAUCAAGGGACUGGGACCUCUUCAUCAAGCCGACGUACCUCUCUACUUGCAAGCUGACGAUCAUCUCUGGGCGGAGUACUCCGUGCAGCGAGUCCCCUACAUCCGCAAGGCCUCCUGCGUGCUCGUCAACUCCUUUUACGAUCUGGAGCCGGAAGCUUCCGACUUCAUGGCCGCCGAGCUCCGGAAAGGUGGCACGGAGUUUCUCUCUGUCGGUCCCAUGUUUCUCCUGGACGAGCAGACGUCCGAGAUCGGACCAACCAACGUGGUGCUCAGGAACGAGGACGGCGAGUGCCUGCGGUGGCUCGACAAGCAGGAAAAGGCUUCCGUUCUCUACAUAUCUUUUGGCAGCAUCGCGGUCGUGACUGUCGAACAGUUUGAGGAGCUUGCGGUGGGACUGGAAGCAAUCGGAAAGCCUUUCUUGUGGGUGUUACGGCCAGAACUUCUCAUUGGAAAUCCGGUAGAGAAGUAUAAGGAAUUCUGCGAACGUACCUCCAAGCAGGGAUUUACUGUGUCCUGGGCACCGCAGCUACGAGUUCUGAAACACCCCUCCAUCGCUGCGCACCUCAGUCACUGCGGCUGGAACUCGGUGCUGGAAAGUAUCAGCAAUGGAGUGCCUCUCAUGUGUUGGCCUUGGGGAGCUGAGCAAAACACCAACGCAAAGCUGGUUAUACACGACUGGAAGAUUGGAGCUGGAUUUGCAAGAGGGGCGAAUGGACUGAUCGGCAGAGGCGACAUCGAAAAGACGCUGCGGGAGGUGAUGGAUGGGGAAAGAGGGAAGCAGAUGAAAGACACGGUUGAGGUGCUGAAGUGCAAGGCAAGGAAAGCUGUGGAGAGUGGUGGUCGAUCCGCUGCGAGCUUGGAUGAUUUUCUUAAAGGCCUCAGCAGCCAGUGAUGCAAUGAUAAGUUAUCACUGCAAGUGCUAGCGUGAGAUGGCAAACAUGUGAAAAACUUACAUGCCGCGAAUUUGUCAAGCUUGACAAAACAUGAAGCGAAUAAAAUAUUCGUCUACCUUGCAA